CUGCUCUGACACUCGCCUCGCUAUACAACAAGCUGUCAACCUAAGCUACACUGCAUUGUGUUGAAACUGAGGAGCUUUUGUCUCUAGAUGUGAAACAAUUGAAUGAUUCUUAUUGAUUCAUACACGUUGCAUUUAUGCAUUGUUUGUGAAGUGAACAGUAUUAAAACUCUGCUGAAUACAAAAUGCCUGUGAUGAAUGGAUCAGAUACUCAUCCCUACCUGGGCGGUAUGAGACGAAGCAACAGCCAGAUCGCCUUCCACACACAGGGCAGGAAAGAUGCCCAGCGAGCCGUCUGGCAAGAGGUGGACAAACUUGUCGAGAUCGCCCCAGCAUCUCAGAAAGAGGCCUUUGCGAAGGAGUUCUCAGGAUUUAAAGAUCUGUUCUGGCGUUUUCUUGAGGAGACUGGGCCAUCCGUUCGCUGGGAGGAUAUACAACCAUUAUCCAAGGAUGCUGUUAUCCCAUACUCUUCACUGGACGAGUAUAGUCAGGAGGCUACCAGGGAACUACUAGAUAAACUUGUAGUGGUUAAGCUGAAUGGGGGUCUGGGUACCAGUAUGGGCUGCACCGGGCCAAAGAGCGUCAUCAGUGUCCGCAACGAUGUCACCUUUCUGGAUCUUGCUGUGCAGCAAAUUGAGCAUUUGAAUAAAACAUACGGCAGCGACGUUCCCCUAGUACUGAUGAACUCCUUCAAUACAGACGAAGACACUAAGACCGUGCUCAGACGAUAUACUUCAUGUCAAGUUAACAUCCAUACAUUCAUGCAGCAGAGAUUUCCUCGCAUUAAUAAAGAAACACUGCUACCGACUGCCAAGAGCUGUGACAUGACUGGACCCAAUAUGGAGCAUUGGUACCCUCCAGGCCACGGUGAUGUGUACCAGUCGUUCUAUAACUCUGGGCUGCUAGAUGCCUUUGUCAGGCAAGGCAAAGAGUUCAUGUUCAUCUCCAACAUUGAUAACCUGGGUGCUACAGUUGAUCUGAAAAUUAUCAACCUGCUAAUGCAGCAGAAGAAUAGAGAAUUUGUGAUGGAAGUAACAGACAAGACGAGAGCAGAUAUAAAGGGUGGUACUUUAAUUCAGUAUGAGAACAAGCUAAGGUUACUGGAGAUUGCUCAGGUGCCAAAAGAACAUGUCGACGAGUUCAAGUCUGUUUCCAAAUUCAAGAUCUUUAACACGAAUAACCUGUGGAUUAAAUUGUCGUCGAUCAAGAGACUGGUAGAAGAGAGGUUACUGAACAUGGAAGUCAUUGUCAACAACAAGACUCUUGAUAGUGGUUUGAAUGUUAUACAACUGGAGACGGCUGUCGGUGCAGCUAUGAAGUUCUUUGAUGGGGCCCUGGGCAUCAACGUGCCAAGGAGACGUUUCCUUCCCGUCAAGAGGUCGUCAGAUCUUCUACUGGUCAUGUCAAACCUGUACUCUCUGAAAGCAGGCAGUCUAAUCAUGAGCCCCAUGCGGCAGUUUGUUAGCACACCCAUCAUCAAGCUAGGAACGCACUUUGACAAGGUGCGUAAUUUCUUGAGGCGAUUUGACGGCAUCCCUGAUAUUCUAGAACUGGAUCACCUGACUGUAUCUGGUGACGUCACAUUCGGCAAGGGAAUUACCCUUAAGGGAACGGUUAUCAUCAUCGCUAAUCACGGUGAUAGGAUAGACAUACCUCCAGGCGCCAUAUUAGAAAACAAAAUUGUGUCUGGCAACCUGCGGAUACUGGACCACUAGAUGUGCAGUCGUUCUGUGUCAUUAAAUUGUCAUCUAAGUGCAGGCCUGAUGCUUCAGUCUUGAAAUGGACAGGGCACCAGGGCGUUUUCUCUUUUGUAAAGGGCACCUCUAUGAGGAAAUUGUAAAUUUGUAUUAGAAUGUUUCAAGGGGCACCAAGGCAAUGACCAGGGGGCAAUGGAGGUAAUUGCUUCCGUUGCCCCCCUGAAGCAGCCUGGCCUGCAUGUGCUAAUAAAAGCAACCCAUCUAAUGUCGUUGGCUGCUGCAUGUAAUUUCAUUCUGCCCUUGAAUUACGAUAAGCUAUCACAGGUCGUCUUCUGUCAUAAAUUGCCGUCAUGAUAAAUGCUGUUUAACGUCUGAUGUGGUAUGAAAUAUAAUUUUGUCACCAACUGUCGCCAACUGUCACUUUGUGAGCUGCAGCAGAGUCAGCUGUCAGUGUCAUUUGCCAUUGAAUUGUACCUUCUGAAAGUGCUUAUUGGGUCGGCAUCUGUAUUAUUUGCAAACAGUUGUCUUCAUCUUUUGUUUAAUGAACCAUGGCAGUCAUGAAAAUAAUCCACUUGUUGUGUGCCAUAAUGGUGAAAUCCUUAAAAUUAUAAUUUGCUGGAAAAUUUCAUUUCUGAAAAGUGUCAGAAUCUUGUGUUGUUUUAUUGUUAUGUUUUAUUCAUUUAAAAAAUAGAAUCCAGCUUGGGGUUGGGGGAUAGUGAUGUGUUUGUUUUUACCUGAAGAAAUUUUUGCAAUAGAAUGUUAUUGCCAAAAGUGAGUUAUUAUGUAUGGGUGCCUAACUUUAAUGUUUUAUAAGACUUGAAAGUGAAUAAAGUCCCAAGUCUGUACUAAGAAAAUUUGAGCCAUUAAGGAAAGUUUUUUUUCAGGCAGCCGUUUACAGAAUCAUGCUUGAAGUAAUUGGUUUUUUAUUAUAUUAUAUCACUUCAAAAGGGAAGGUACAUAAAUUUUGGAACCGCAUAUAUUUUAGUUUUUUUAAUUGUGUUAAACUUGUCAGUUGGACAAUACUAACUCUAUUUCUCAGGGGGAUUGCAACAAUUUGUGAAUCAUUGAGACACAAUUGUCAUUUAUGUACUGGGCCCAAUUUCAUAACGCUGCUUAGCGGGCGAUUAUGUGCUUACUGUGCGAUUUUUUUUUUUAUAGCGCUGCUAACCGUAAGCACACGAAAAUGCAUGCUAACCUUCCGGUGCUUACGACGCGAAAAUAAAUGACGACACAAUGCAAAUCAUUCGUAAUCGUGUAAUAUGGCCAUCCAAUUUUUCUGCUAACCCGUGACAUAUGCUUGCACCUUAGCACAUUUUUCUGCUACAGUAAGCACGAAAAUUUGCUUACUGUUAAGCAACACUAUGAAAUUGGGCCCUGGAGUCAGUUGAAAACAUAAUGUAUAUAUGGCAGUUUUUGUUGUUUAAUCAUCAAAGAAGAAUUUCAAUACUCCACUCUGAAAAACUACAAUCAACCAGACAACAUUAACAAACACUUUUUAGGGUAAUUGAUGAUGCGCCAACUGUUUACCAGUUGUGCGUUUGAAUAUUGUUUAUUAUUUUGUUUGUUGUUUGUUAAGAUGAUCUUCCUGUUAAGGGGACUCUGCAAUCUCCCACAAGGGGAGAUAAACAGUCAAUUUCUUUCUCUCGUAAAAUCAGCAGAUAGCUUGUUGGAUUCGAACCUACAACCUCGUGAUUACAAGUCCUACGCUCUUAAACUUUUGACCAUGGAGACAAAGUUUGAAAUGUACGUCAGACAAAACAUCAGCUGUGUGAUUUCACUACACAAACCACAAAAGCUCACUCGAAUGGAAUAAAUGAAAAGAACAAAUUGUUGACGUGUUGCAGAAGGAAUGUGUGUGAGCAACCAAAAAGUGUGAUUUGGUUUAUACUUUAUAAUGAUGUUAAAAGAUAAAUUGGUACCAAAGGUUAGACAUAAGAAAUAUUUUUAUCAUUUUCAAAAUGACAUUUGUACAACUUAAGAGAGUUUGGUUUGUGAGUGAAGUUAGCCGAAAUAGUUGAAAAUAAUGAGAUAGAAUAUGUUUUUGGCAGGCUUUGAAAGUAAUAGAUAAAUGCUGCAAGUGUUGGUAGGAGUUUGAUUGGUUAUUUUUAACUGUAGCCCCUCUCAGCAUUGGGGUAUAAAUGUACAUGUACAAGUAAGCAAUUAAAUAUUUCUUAAAGGGGAAGUACACACCAUGUUACCUCUGUUUAUAAUUGUUUACAAAAAGAGCAACCUCAUACUGAUAAUUGUUUUUGGGGUUUUUUUGUGUGUGUUUUUUUUUUAUUUUUUUUUUUUUGGGGGGGGUUUAGGAGUAUAAUUAUUGUGAUUGUCGAGUUUUCUAAAUGAUACAAAAAAAAAAACUGACAAUUUAAUCAAAUGAGGCGAUGUAUGUUUUCAAGAAAAUGGCAGAGGUGUAAGAAGGGGAGGGGGGAUUUUUCAGACACUACUUAACCUAACUUAAUUUGACUCAGUGGUUU